AUUUGUUGCACUUUCUCACUCCAUUUCCCUCCUCCACCAUUUUCUCUCUGCUCCUUCCAGCUGCAAUCAACUGCCAAAUCCAUUUCCAUUCAACUCUCAAAACUCGGGAUUGUCCCGCUUUGACUCACCGAGUUGCUUUUCAGCUCCUCUUCCCAUGGCAUAAGGUAAAAUACCUUCUUUCUCAAACUUCAGUUUUCUUCAAUAUUCAAACCACCUUCACCCUUAUUAGUGAUUUUCCCACACCUUUCAUUGUCCAUCCUGUUGUUCACUGAAAACCUAGUUAACCAUCCCCCUCUUCAUUUUGCCGAUUUUGGAAAAUCUGGGUCCAAGCUGAGCUGAUCAUAAUCCCCCACCCCACUUCCCUUUUCUGAUCUGGGUUCCUAGAAUAUAAGAUCUUUGCAUCAAAGUUGUGGUCUUUCAUUGUUUUUAAAUUUUGGGUAUGAGUGAAUUGUAGUUCCCUGAGAGAGGUGUUGACAAUUGUAUGGUAGAAAAUAAAGCAUUUUUAGUUUGAGUUUGCGUUUGGAAUUUUGUGUCGUGAUGUGGAGCAUGGAUCGGUACUGUGUUUGUGUUCCAUUGUUCGUGUGCUUGGUAUUGGCUAUGGAGCUUGUUGUAGCGCAGAAUUUUAAGCCUACAGAUAAUAUCCUGCUGGAUUGUGGAGGUCCUCCAUCUAGUACUGAUACCGAUGGCCGUGAAUGGACCACUGAUGUUGGUUCCAAGUUUGGUUCCUCUUCGGAAAAAUCCACCACCGUAUCGNAGGCNGCAACUCAAGANCCUGCCGUCCCCCAGGUGCCCUACAUGACAGCACGUGUGUUCCACGCGCCGUUUACCUAUGCUUUCCCGGUGGCUUCCGGUUGGAAGUUCCUCCGGCUGCANUUUUACNCGGCUUCUUACUCCAAUCUCAAUGCAUCUGAUGCCCUUUUUGCGGUGACGGCGAAUUCAUACACGCUUCUUAGGAACUUUAGUGUUGCUCAGACCACCCUGGCUUUGAAUUAUGCCUACAUUUUGAAGGAAUUUGCCAUCCAUGUAGAUGGGAAGACCUUGAAUGUGACUUUCACUCCUUCUACCAANGCAUCCAAUGCUUACGCGUUUGUUAAUGGGAUCGAGGUUGUGUCCAUGCCUGAUAUUUAUACUUCUACUGAUGGAACUACCAUGAUAGUGGGUACAAAUACUGCUUACACUAUUGAUAACAGCACUGCACUUGAGAAUGUUUAUAGGUUGAAUGUGGGUGGGAAUGAUAUCUCUCCCUCCCNUGAUACUGGNAUGUUUAGGUCAUGGUCUGAUGAUGUUCCCUUUCUCUUUGGCGCUGCAUUUGGAGUUACAGAGCCUGCUGAUUCAAAUGUGAAGUUUGAGUAUCCUCCGGGCACNCCAAGNUAUAUUGCNCCACUUGAUGUCUACACUACGGCCAGAUCAAUGGGCCCGNAUNNGNNGAUCAACANGAAUUACAACUUGACUUGGAUCUUCAACAUUGAUUCNGGGUUUUCCUAUCUAGUGAGACUUCAUUUUGCUGAGNNNNGNNNNCNNCNNNNUNNUNNUNNUGGUNCUUCACACUCUGCAGNUUCUGCCAAGACCAACACAACAGGAAGUUAUGCUUCCUCCCUCCCAUCAAACCUUUGUCGGCAUUUCUCAUUUGCUGAAAUCAAGUCUGCCACAAACAACUUUGAUGAGGCUUUGCUUCUUGGUGUAGGAGGAUUCGGUAAGGUUUACAAGGGAGAAAUUGAUGGUGGAACAACCAAAGUAGCAAUUAAACGUGGGAAUCCACUAUCUGAGCAGGGGGUGCAUGAGUUCCAAACUGAGAUUGAAAUGCUNUCUAAACUUCGUCACCGCCACCUUGUUUCUCUNAUUGGAUACUGUGAAGAAAACACUGAAAUGAUCCUNGUUUAUGAUNAUAUGGCCUAUGGAACACUCAGGGAGCAUUUGUACAAGACCCAGAAACCUCCACUUCCAUGGAANCAAAGGCUUGAGAUAUGCAUUGGAGCUGCUCGGGGUUUACACUAUUUACACACUGGUGCUAAACACACAAUCAUCCACCGUGAUGUGAAGACAACAAACAUUUUACUGGACGAGAAGUGGGUGGCCAAGGUUUCUGAUUUUGGAUUGUCAAAAACAGGUCCAACAUUGGAUAAUACCCAUGUAAGUACUGUGGUAAAGGGUAGCUUUGGGUACUUGGAUCCAGAAUACUUCAGGAGGCAGCAACUAACUGACAAAUCUGAUGUUUANUCAUUUGGGGUGGUUCUCUUUGAGAUAUUNUGUGCUCGUCCAGCUUUGAACCCAGCCCUUGCUAAGGAGCAAGUGAGUCUNGCUGAGUGGGCAGCUCAUUGCUACCUGAAAGGCAUUCUUGANCAAAUCAUUGAUCCAUAUCUAAAAGGCAAGAUAGCUCCAGAAUGNUUCAAGAAGUUUGCNGAGACNGCGAUGAAGUGCGUGGCUGACCAGGGUAUUGAAAGGCCAUCCAUGGGUGAUGUCUUGUGGAACCUUGAAUUUGCUUUGCAGCUGCAAGAAAGUGCAGAGGAAAGUGGCAACGGCUUUGGCGACAUUCACAAUGAAGAGGAGCCCACGUAUACAGAUUCUAAAGGAAAGAAAGACUCUGAUGCNAUGGGGGGUUAUGAUGGUAAUGUGACUGAUUCCAGAAGCAGUGGCAUUUCAAUGAGCAUUGGAGGUAGAAGCUUGGCUAGUGAAGACUCUGAUGGGUUAACCCCAAGUGCUGUGUUCUCCCAGAUCAUGAAUCCAAAAGGGCGUUAAGUUCGUGUAGUAACAACACUCCCACUGCAUACAGAGCCAAUCACUCAUUCUGCAGUGCAAUCGGCUUUCACCAAAUUUGAAUGUUACCCGUUAUUCAUUUUCCUAAUAUUUCUAUUCAUUUCUACGGUUGUUUCUAAUUUAUUAUGAUUAUGUAAGUUGUAAUUUGUGACCAUGUUAUGUAAAGAUUGAAGAGCGAGCAUGUUGUAACGAGGUUGCUAUAUCUGAAUUUUUUGAAACCCUCA